AUGCUUGACUUGCUUGGACUAAAAAGUCUUGCAGCUCGGCUAGACUCAAUCGACAGCACGAUCCUCAGUCUUGUCGGACAGAUUCCCACUCCUCAAAGAAGUUCCUCGGAUGCGUCAAAUCCGCGAUUGAGGUCGGAGAGCUCGCCGUCGACCCCAGAAGCUCUGUGUAACGAUGCAGAUGAUAUAGACUUGAUUUUCUCGAGCGCCUUAGACGGGCAGGACUAUUGGAGUCGCCAUGCUGAGCUCCACAAAUCUGGACCGGAACAAGAACCCCAGACGAUAUCGGGAACUUCUAUUGGCAAUCGUGCCCUCCUCGAGAAAGUGCGACAGGCGGUCCAUAACCUUUUACAGGGCAAUCGAUCCCGCAAACCAUCGCCGGACUCGACGUCUGGUGAUACUAACAAUGUCUCAACCUGCCCAAUGUUAUCAAAUGCUCCUCCAUCGGCCCUUUCCGAAUUGAAGACAAUAUACGACACGUUCCCCACCUUUGAUGAUGCGAGCGCAGUGAGUCUGCUUCCUGGCGGGCAAUUUGUGUCCCUACCACCGCAAUCAAUCCUUGACACAUCCUUGCAAUUGUUCCUCGACAAAUUUAACGCCGUGACGCCCAUCUUUAACGAGUCGCGCUUACGCGAAGCAAUCAAGGAGCAGUAUAGUUCCGGUCCGGACUCCAAAACCGAUGAGGCAUAUAAUUUGUGUUUCAACAAUAUUAUCGUGCUAUCUUCGGGAUUACGGGCUCGAUUGGCUCGACUGGAUAAAUCGUAUUCCAAGGGAAUGAAUGAGGAAUUACUCCCUGCUUUCCUGGCUAAUUCAUUCAGGGCGUUGCAACAUUUGAAGUUCUUCCUUCAACCCCGUCAUGUCAAUUUACAAGCCUUAGCUACUUUGGCAUUGGUCGCCCGAGAAUAUCACGAAAGCUGCGUCUUUGACAUGAUCUGCCAUAUGGCCUGUGAUCUUUUUAAGGCCAUGGAUUCUGAACAAUCCCCGAUGUCAAAAGUAGAUCACCCUAACUUUGAAGAGUGGAGGACACUGUAUUGGACGCUUUUCGUCAUGGACAAACAACGUACCAGCGUCAAUGGCCUGCCUUUCGAUCUUUACUUUUACCACUCGGACCUGCCCUUGGCUCCUGAGGGUGGAACAAUCAGUCUGGGCCAGCAAAGUUGGAUGAUGCAUAUAUAUAUUACCACCAUCUGGGAGGAAACAUACAUAUCUCUCUAUUCAGCGCGGGCGGCGCGUAAGGGUUCUUCGUAUCGUGAGAGCCAAAUUGCGCGGCUUGACAAGUUGGCUCAAAAAUGGCAUUCACGCACCUUGCAACUCUUUCCUGCGAAUUUAACCGAUCAUGAUAGCGACAGUAGCAAUGUCAAUCGACUCGUUGAGGAUAAUUGGCAAAUUGAGCUGGAAUACGCUUAUCACAUUGCCCAGGUGUUGAUUCACAGCCGGUCGGAUACGGCCAACAGCAAAGAAAUUGAAUUGGAAAAUGCUAGGGCUGCAUUGAAGAUCAUCAACAGAGUGGUCAAUCAAACACCAACAGAAGGUUCAUUGGCUUUACUGUGCAGGAUACUCCGCAGUUACCCUCUGAUUGCCGGUCAUUCAAUUUGCAUGCGAUUCUUCGAGAACCCGAGUAUCCAUAUGCUUGAAGAUUUAGAUCUUAUGGAGGGUGUACGCGAUGCCUAUAAGAUUCUGGUUGACCCGAAUAUCACAAUUUGCAGCACUGGUAAAACAUUUAUGGGUAUCUCAUGGUGUUUGGAAAUUGCAAAAGCCUGUCGGAGAAUUCUCUUCGAAGUAUCAGCUACCCCUCCCUCAUCCGAACUACAUCAUCCGGGUUUAUCACGGAAAAGGUUCUCAGAAGGUUUGCCUUCAUCCUCGCUACCCAAUCAGUCACUUCCGAAGAAAAUGAAGCUAUCAUUGGUAGACAGUGGUCAAGCGGAUUAUUCAAAUCUGUCUGACUUUCCGGUUGAGAAGGAUUAUUCAACGGGCCUACAAGAUAGGAACAAUUCUGGUGCAAUAUCAACUACCGAAGACUUGAACAACCUAGGUCAUCAUCCUUAUAUCAUAAAUCAGCAGCCGCAGCAGCAACGACAACAACAACGACUACACCAUCAGCACAAUGAACCCCCCGGGCUCUCCAGCGCAUCGAAUAUUCAGUCUGGAAGUAGCAGCACUGAAGAGCUCUCCCUAGUCACUGAUUCCAUUCCCGCUUUGUCCUUAGGCACAGCAGCAACGCCAAACUAUCCUAUAACGCAAUUCCCAACAACUACAGGAGCGACAAUAGCAGCAACCACUCCCAUGAUGUUCUACACUUACUCAGACGACCCUCCGGCAGAUCUAUGCAACACAAAUUCCAUCACCAACUUUCUCGACUGCGACAAUUUCCUGCAGCACGAAGACCAUGAUAUACCAAAUCAUUAUAUGUCUGAUGAUAUUUCGAACUGGUUAUUACAAAUUGCUCAGAAAGAAGUACGCUAG